AUGGUGAAAGGCGCAGUCCGCUAUGAGUCUGGACCGGCAUUUCAGGAGAGUGGAGAGCAGGGCAAGCUUGAAAUACCAGCAUCUGGCUCGACAGAAUUUUGGCUAAUACAGUGGCCUCUAAACCAUGUAAAUGCUUCUGAGUUUAGUGGUAAAGAAGUUACUGUUGAGCUUCAGGAUGAUGGAAACUUGGGAAAUUUGGAGAGUUCUUCCGGGAAAUCAUAUGAACUCGUUAGCUUUGCUGCUCAACAGCCAGAUGCUACUGUCUUCAUUCCAUCAGGAUCUGAAAUGAAAGCCGUGGGGAAGAUUUCACGCAGAGUUUGCUUGGUUCGUUACCCUGAACCUGAAGAAUUGGAGAAAGAGAAACCAAGUUUUGGGAGUCUUACACCUGGCAGUAGGAGACCUGCAGGUUCUUCUCGGAAGACUAUGUCUCGGUUCAGUGGCUUAUCGAAGAACCGUAGCAGCCAAGGAUCAGCAUUGUCCCUGGGUCAAGAGAACCGUAGCAGCCAAGGAUCAGCAUUGUCCCAGGGUCAACAGAGCGUGGAGCCGACGCCCAAACACAAGCAGAAGAGAAGGGACGAAAGCAGCUUGGGGGGCCACUCAAACGUGUCCGCCAAGUCCUCGGAAGGAUCCCAGGCUCGUGGCGCAGGAAGCAACACAACGUCGGAGAUGCCGCCGACGUCGGUGGAGAAAUCCAAGAAGAAGAAGAAGGUUAGGAUUCAAGAGUAG